AUGGGCAGGUGGGAGCCCCGGGAAAAGCGCCCUUUGCGGCCUGUGGGGGCUGUUCCUGCGCUGUCUUCUCCUGGGCUGGAUUUGGGGAGGCUGUAUUCCCUGGCAGAGCCCCGGAGCUAUGUUGAGUCUGUGGCACGGACUGCGGUGGCUGGGCCCCGAGCUCAGGAUCCUGAGCCCAAGAGCUUUAGUGCCCCAGCUGUCCAGGCCUAUGGCCAUGAGACACCCCUGAGGAACGGGACCCUGGGCGGCUCCUUUGUCUCCCCCAGCCCCCUCUCCACCAGCAGCCCCAUCCUCAGCGCUGACAGCACUUCAGUGGGGAGUUUCCCAUCAGGGGAGAGCAGCGACCAGGGCCCCCGGACACCUACCCAGCCUGUGUUGGAUUCUGGCUUCCGCUCCGGCAGCCUGGGGCAGCCCAGCCCUUCAGCCCAGAGAAGCUACCAGAGUUCUUCUCCUCUCCCGACUGUGAGCAGCAGCUACAGCAGCCCUGACUACUCGCUUCAGCAGUUCAGCUCCUCUCCGGAAAGCCAGGCCCGGUCUCAGUUCAGUGUGGCUGGCGUCCACACAGUACCUGGGAGUCCUCAGGCACGCCACAGGACAGUGGGCACCAACACUCCCCCUAGUCCUGGCUUUGGCCGGCGGGCCAUCAACCACGGCAUGGCUUCCCCCAGCAGUCCCAGUUUGAGCCACCGCCAGGUGAUAGGUCCGCCAGGCACUGGUUUCCAUGGUAAUGCAGUCUCCAGCCCCCAGAGCAGUGCAGUGACCACUCCAGGGAGCCCCAGUUUGGGCCGACACCCAGCAGGGGCCCACCAGGUUACAGGUCUCCAUGGCAAUGUGGUCACCACUCCAGGGAGUCCCAGCCUGGGCCGGCACCCUGGGACCCACCAAAGUAACCUGGCCUCCAGUCUCCAUGGCAAUACAAUAGCCAGCCCUGGAAGCCCCAGCCUGGGCCGUCACCUGGGGGCAUCUGGAUCUGUGGUUCCUGGUAGCCCCAGUUUGGACCGGCAUGUGGCCUAUGGUGGCUACUCCACCCCUGAGGACCGGAGACCCACACUGUCCCGGCAGAGCAGUGCCUCCGGCUACCAAGCCCCUUCCACGCCCUCCUUCCCUGUCUCACCGGCCUAUUACCCUGGCCUGAGCAGCCCGGCCACCUCCCCCUCACCGGAUUCAGCAGCCUUCCGGCAAGGCAGCCCGACACCAGCCUUGCCAGAGAAGCGGAGGAUGUCUGUGGGAGACCGAGCGGGCAGCCUCCCCAACUACGCCACCAUCAAUGGGAAGGUGUCCUCCUCACCUGUCACCAGCGGCAUGUCCAGUCCCAGUGGGGGCAGCACCGUCUCCUUCUCCCAUACUCUGCCUGACUUCUCUAAGUACUCCAUGCCAGACAACAGCCCCGAGACGCGGGCUAAAGUGAAGUUUGUCCAGGACACUUCCAAGUAUUGGUACAAGCCUGAGAUCUCCAGAGAGCAGGCCAUUGCACUCCUGAAGGACCAGGAGCCAGGGGCCUUCAUCAUCCGUGACAGUCACUCCUUCCGUGGGGCUUAUGGGUUGGCAAUGAAGGUGUCUUCUCCCCCUCCAACCAUCAUGCAGCAGAAUAAAAAAGGAGACAUGACCCAUGAGCUGGUGAGGCAUUUCCUAAUAGAGACUGGCCCCCGAGGAGUCAAGCUCAAGGGAUGCCCCAAUGAGCCGAACUUCGGAUCUCUGUCUGCCCUGGUCUACCAGCACUCCAUCAUCCCGCUGGCUCUGCCUUGCAAGUUGGUUAUUCCAAACCGAGACCCCACAGAUGAAUCGAAAGAUAGCUCAGGCCCUGCCAACUCAACCGCUGACCUGCUGAAGCAAGGAGCAGCCUGCAACGUGCUCUUUGUCAACUCUGUGGACAUGGAGUCACUCACUGGGCCACAGGCCAUCUCCAAAGCCACAUCUGAGACAUUGGCUGCUGACCCCACGCCAGCUGCCACAAUUGUUCACUUCAAGGUGUCUGCCCAGGGAAUCACACUGACUGACAACCAGAGAAAGCUCUUCUUCAGACGUCACUACCCCCUCAACACCGUCACCUUCUGUGACCUGGAUCCUCAGGACAGAAAGUGGAUGAAAGCAGAGGGAGGUGCCCCUGCUAAGCUUUUCGGCUUUGUGGCCCGGAAGCAGGGCAGCACCACGGACAACGCCUGCCACCUCUUUGCUGAGCUUGACCCCAACCAGCCUGCUUCUGCCAUUGUCAACUUCGUCUCCAAGGUCAUGCUGAGUGCCGGCCAGAAGAGAUGAGCCCCACCCCUCGCCCAGGGCCAGGGCGCUGGGGAUGGGGCAUGUGGGGAGGGGACCCACGAAUCCUGACCACCCUUAAAUCCAGAAGGAGUACUUUGGGCCAAUUUUGGAGAAGGAGAGAAGAAAGUGCAACGUGGGGAGAGGGAAGUGAAUUGCGGAGGGGAGUGGGAGAGAGAGAGAGAAAGGAAUGGAUGGUCGAGAAGAACUUGGAUUCCCCUGGCUGGAUGGAAACUGCAAAAACCCAACGCCUCCCAAACUAACCAGGUCCACCUAACUCUCCCUUUCCCCCUCCUACAGGAUGAUGCUCCUCAAAGGAGAUGAAACAAACUUCCUUGGGGGUCCAUAUUUUGGGGGGAAAUGGAAAAGCUCUGUCUCCCUAACCCAACUUCUUUGCAAGGAGUAAUCAAGCUGAGAGAAUCUUUUUCUGGCCACCUCUGGGGUAGGUUGCCAAACCAAACGGAGCCAGCGUGGGACAUCAAAUGGCAGGACUUUUUCUUUUGAAAGUAUCUCAUACCCAAGGCACCUACAGUCUCUUUGCUGUGACUCCCACGUGUGACGUGUGGGUGUAUAUAUGUCCAUACCAUGUCCUCACACGUUGAUUUAUAUCUGCCCUUAUGAGCUAGAAUUAUAAACAGCUAUACCUGUCCAUAUCCCCUGUGUUUGCACACACAUGUGCAUACUGUCCAAAGGUGGUUAGGGUUGGGGGUAACAGGGCUAGGGAGGGAACAGAAACCCUCUUCUGCAAGGUGCUCAAGAUGAUGGGUCCCGGAGGUUCUCUCCUGGUCCUGCACCUGCACUCUAGCAGCCCUGGGUGUCGCCAGCUCCUUCUCCUCUACAGAGACCCCUGCUCUGCCUCCUUUGGCUUGAGGAGGUGGAGAUAUGUGUGUCCAUAGCCUUGGGAUAGAAAUCAGGCAGGAAGGGUGGCUAUUGAGUUCUGGGCGGCCCAGCGGCAAGGACGGCCCUGGACUCUGCCUGAGCUCCCACCACUCAGCCCCAUCUCGGGUUCCGUGCCCCAGAACCCACCUUAUCUCAGACUGGCUUAUCUGCAUGAUGCCUUCUUGGGGGCUGCUCUGCCCUGCCCUUCUGUCCUGCAGGGUCCCCGCACUGGGGCUCAUCCUGGGGAACCUGCUUCUGAAAGCCCUGCUCAGCGAGGCCCAGAUGCUGGAGUCCUCAUUCUCCCCUCUGUAAGUGUUUUGCAGUCCGACUCUGCAGACCCUCUGGCUGGGCUGCCCAGGGUGACAUCAGCAGAGCUCCUGGGGCUAUCUGUGCACCACAUAGCCUACAUACAGUGCCCAAGCCUUGCUGUUCCCCCUCUGCUUUGGUUUCUCCAGCAGAGCCACGCUGCCUUUGGAGUAGAGGGCAGAAAACAUGCAUUUAGGCCAACAGGACUAGGGUCCAUUUGGGUAGUUGGACUCUACACCAGAGUGGAAAAUUCACCAAGACUCCAUUCUUAAGCCUAUGGAGGCCACUAGAGAGAGGCAUUGUACUGAUAUAUAAAUAUACAUAAUAUAUACGUAAGACAUACUGACAGAAUCUGUAAGCUAAUAAAAUAUAAGAAAAGGUUAAAAAAGA